UAGUCCGGCUGCUUUUCCUAAAUUGCUAAACAAACUGAUUGUCAUCUGUUAAAGAAGCGGAAUAAAUAAUGGACGAAGCAGAAUUGAACGAACUGAAAAUGUUGUCAUCUUAUCAGGGAUCAUUUAAAUCCAAACGACUAAGGAAAACUUUGAAGGAUAAGUGUUUGGUGAUUGGAGAAACAACGAUGUACUACGGGAACUUUGGUUCCGUCCAGGUCAUGACUCCUAUUCCUGGCUCCCCAAACCUGGACAGUGAAAUUGAGAAUGCCAUCACGCGCCCGUGUAGUCGGAAGGGAUCCAGAAUGCCACUCCAGUCUGAACAAAAAGUUACAUCAAAGAAAGAAAAGAAGCUUACUUCACAAAGAAAGAAGAGUAAACAGAGGGAUGAAAACAGCAUAUCGCCAAAGUAUGAUUUGCCACCACUAAAAGCUGUCCCUGCUAGUGUCUACAACAGCCGAUGUCCGACACGGGAGUCGAUGGGAAGAGAACCAUGCCAUUUCAUACCAUCAAGCGACAAUAGUCUAAUUGGAGACGAGAAUGUCUUCACAUCUUCAGAUGUAUGGAUUCCGCGGCCGAGCUUUAAACCAAGCCAAACGAAAACAAUGCCAAAGAACACAUUUACGUCGGAGUCUUCAAGUGUGAAAUAUGGUUCUCUUGGUAAACUAAUUGGAUCUACAAAUAGGAUACAAGCUUCCUCUUCUCUGGUAACUGCUUCCCCAGACCGUGUCUGCCUUCCUUCCAUACCUGGAGCAACGAAGUCUUCAGAAUCAUAUCAUACCCUUCCACCAACUGCCGAGUACAUCAAUAUCUACAAGGAAGACGUUCAGCUUCCUCCUCUAAAGACCAGCACUUCGUCAGCCGCCAAAAGGAGAGUACACGGGGAGCAUUACAAAUUCACCAAAAAUUAUCAAAAGUAAACGACAUUGGAUUAUGUCCAGAAAUAAAAACUUUUUCGAUCAACACAAUUGGAUCUACGGAACUAAUAAGAAAUGCGCAGUCUUUUCAGAAGUGGGAAAGACAAAGACACUUAAUGAUUUCCCAACGCAAUUUAUUGUGUGAAGACAUUGACCCCAACUCUGUUCCGCAUAUGUGGAUUUGCACAAGACAUUUGCUGCGGAAAUGAGGUAGACUCCAAAAUGGAGCUAAAGGAGUCAAUCCCGUCUCCAUCCCAUGAUGACAGUCUUAAAGUCCUUUGGUCCACAAUCAAGUACACGUAAUUACAUGGUUCGUUCUUCCUGUGCAUGUUUCACAACACCUAGACUAUCUUCUGCUGGAAACGAUGAAGACUUCCGAACGGAAAUAAUGUAGUCGACCCCAUCAACCCCCAUGAUGGCACUACGGUCCAUUAAAUGGACAUGCUUCACCGCAUAUUCUAUUUCUGGAAACGGAACUAAGAAAGAUGCAUGCCAUGGUCGCUAUUCUAUCGAUAUGGAGAAUUUCGGAGUGAACUGAACUUGACAGGUUUCCACCCGGUUUGGAAUUCAUCUUCUGAUAGAUACGGCGGUGUCGUGAUGUAUUGGGGCCAUCUAUAGACUUACCUAUUGACCUAAAACAGACGGAAACGACUCCCGAUGGAGCUAAGGAGUUGACUCCGAGAUGUCGUGAUGUAUUGGAGCC